CUGUUUUAUUCUCUGUAGAAUGUGAGUGCGGCUUCGACUGAAGACAGCGGUGUAAUGAUAAAAGCCGCAUUUGCGGUAGCCAGACUCCUCGCACCUCAUAUCAAUCAGGAAUAAUCUGAGAAACUGCAUUUUUUCCCCUCUCCUCGAGCCCUAGCCUUACCCGCGUCUCGGAGAACAUUGUGAAGUUCCUUCAGCACCAUGUCCAGGCCGUCAGGGGGCGGUGUUGCGAAUGAUGUCACCCGCUUCUUGUCUACGGGGACAGUGCCAGGCUCUCCCUCCACCUCUACCCCCAGUGGCCAUGUGUUCUCCGCCUCCAGCCAGGCGGACUGGGCGGCCAAGCGGCUUGUCUGGGUUCCAUCGGAGAAGCAAGGCUUUGAGUCUGCCAGUAUCCGUGAGGAACAUGGGGAUGAGGUGGAGGUGGAGCUGACGGACAGUCAGAGGAAGCUCACCCUGUCCAGGGAGGAGGUGCAGAGGAUGAAUCCUCCCCGCUUCAGUAAGGUAGAAGACAUGGCCGACCUCACCUGUCUCAACGAAGCCUCCGUCCUGCACAACCUCAGAGAGAGAUACUACUCUGGGUUGAUAUACACGUACUCUGGGCUUUUCUGUGUGGUGAUCAACCCCUAUAAGAACCUGCCCAUCUACACAGAGUCUAUAGUGGAGAUGUACCGGGGGAAGAAACGGCAUGAGAUGCCACCUCACAUCUAUGCCAUAUCAGAGGCUGCCUACCGCAGCAUGCUACAAGACAGAGAAGACCAAUCUAUCCUCUGCACAGGAGAGUCAGGAGCAGGAAAGACUGAGAACACCAAGAAGGUCAUCCAGUAUCUGGCUCACGUGGCCUCAUCCCAUAAGACUGGAACUCUGGGUAGAAACAAGGACACCUCACAGACGGAGGGCAGUAGAUCUUUGCCCCGGGGCAGUUCUCUGGUGAACAGGAGUAUGCAUUAUGGAGAGCUAGAGAGGCAGCUGCUACAGGCCAAUCCCAUCUUAGAGGCCUUCGGAAACGCCAAAACCGUCAAGAACGACAACUCCUCCAGAUUUGGCAAAUUCAUCCGUAUUAACUUCGACGUGGCUGGAUACAUUGUCGGUGCCAACAUCGAAACCUACCUGCUGGAAAAGUCCAGAGCCAUCCGCCAGGCCAAAGACGAGAGGACCUUCCACAUUUUCUACCAACUCAUGUGUGGAGCUUCAGAAGCCACCCGAGCGGAUCUUCUCUUGGGCAGUGCUGACCAGUACCGGUUUCUGAGUGGAGGUGCAAUCCCUGUUCCAGGCCAGAGUGAUGCUGACAACUUCACCCAAACCAUGGACUCUAUGGCCAUCAUGGGAUUCACUCCAGAGGAGUCUCUGUCCAUGUUAAAGGUGAUCUCAGCCGUGCUCCAGUUUGGUAACAUCUCGUUUACGAAGGAGAAGAACCAAGACCAGUGUUCCAUGCCAGACGACACGGCCGCCCAGAAACUGUGCCACUUGCUGGGUAUCAGUGUGCUAGAAUUCUCCCGGGCCAUCCUCACCCCCAGGAUUAAAGUAGGACGAGAGUACGUCCAGAAGGCCCAGACCAAAGAACAGGCUGACUUUGCAGUAGAAGCGUUGGCCAAAGCUACGUAUGAGCGUCUGUUCCGUUGGCUAGUGCACAGGAUCAACAGAGCGCUGGACCGAAGACAGAGGCAGGGAGCAUCCUUUAUCGGCAUACUGGACAUAGCAGGCUUUGAGAUCUUCCAGUUGAACUCAUUUGAGCAGCUGUGCAUCAACUACACCAACGAGAAGCUUCAGCAGCUGUUCAACCACACCAUGUUCAUCCUGGAGCAGGAGGAGUACCAGAGGGAGGGCAUCGAGUGGAGCUUCAUUGACUUUGGCCUGGACCUGCAGCCCUGCAUCGACCUCAUUGAGAGACCGGCCCACCCCCCUGGUGUGCUAGCCCUUUUGGAUGAGGAGUGUUGGUUUCCACGGGCGACAGACCGGUCCUUUGUGGACAAGCUGUCUGCCGAGCAGGGGACACAUCCUAAAUUCUUCAAACCACGUCAAAUACGACAAGAGGCAGACUUUGCCAUCAUACACUAUGCAGGAAAGGUGGACUAUAAGGCAGAUGAUUGGCUGGUGAAGAACAUGGAUCCUCUGAAUGACAAUGUUGCGUCUCUCCUCCACCAGUCCUCUGAUCACUUCAUAUCUGAGCUCUGGAGAGAGGAUAUUCAGACUCUACCCCGUGUAUAUUUCUUUGACUCCUAUGCCACACUGCAGACAAAUGGCUCUGACAUGGAGAGGAUUGUGGGGCUGGACCAGGUGUCCAAUGACACCAACAGUGGACAGGUCAAUUUCGGGCCCGGGUUGAAGACGAAGAAAGGAAUGUUCAGGACGGUGGGCCAGCUCUACAAGGAGUCCCUCACCAAGCUGAUGGCCACACUGAGGAACACCAACCCCAACUUCCUCCGCUGUAUCAUCCCCAACCACGAGAAGAAAGCUGGCAAGCUGACUCCACAUCUGGUUCUGGACCAGCUGAGGUGUAAUGGGGUCUUAGAGGGGAUCCGUAUCUGCAGACAGGGCUUCCCCAACCGCAUCCCCUUCCAGGAGUUCAGACAGAGGUAUGAGAUCCUGACCCCUAACGCUAUCCCUCGAACGUUCAUGGAUGGGAAACAGGCCUGUGAACUCAUGAUAAGUGCAUUGGAGCUGGACCGUAACCUGUUCAGAGUGGGGCAGAGUAAAGUGUUCUUCAGGGCUGGCGUCUUAGGGCACCUGGAGGAGGAGAGAGACCUGAAAAUCACGGACACCAUCAUCCGCUUCCAGAGCGCAGCCAGGGGAUACCUCGCACGCAAGGCCUUCUUGAAAAAGCAGCAGCAGCUGAGCGCUAUGAGAGUGAUGCAGAGGAACUGUGCUGCCUACCUCAAACUCAGGAACUGGCAAUGGUGGAGGCUGUUCACCAAGGUCAAACCUCUGUUGCAGGUGACUCGUCAGGAUGAGGAGAUCCAGGUGAGAGAGGCAGAGCUGAAGAACGCCAAGGACAAUCUGUCCCGAGUUGAACAGGACUACAACGAACUGGAGAAAAAACACGCCCAGCUAAUGGAGGAAAAGGCGGUGCUGACUGACCAGCUGCAGGCAGAGGCAGAGCUUUUUGCCGAGGCGGAGGAGAUGAGGGCCAGACUGGCCAGUAGAAAGCAGGAGCUGGAGGAGAUACUGGGGGAGCUGGAGGGUCGAUUAGAGGAGGAGGAGGAGAGGGCCGUUCAGUUGACCAAUGAGAAGAAGAAGAUGCAGCAGCAUGUGACGGAUCUAGAAGAACAGUUGGAGGAGGAGGAGUCGGCUAGACAGCGCCUCCUGUUGGAGAAGGUUACCCUGGAGACCAAAGUCAAGAGCUUGGAAACAGAGAUGCUGAACACUGUAGAACAGAGAGACCGCCUGAGCAAGGAGAAGAAGCAGCUAGAGGAAAGGUUGAGUGAGGUAACAGACUCACUGACUGAGGAAGAGGAGAAGACCAAGAGCCUCAACAAGCUGAAGAACAAACAGGAAGCUGUCAUCGCUGAUCUGGAGGAGCGGUUGAAGCGUGAGGAGCAGGUUCGUCUGGAACAAGAGAAGUGGAGGAGGAGGAUGGAAGGAGAGGCCCAGGAGGCCCAGGAGCAGCUCUCUGACCUGGGUCUUCUGGCUGCUGAACUUAGGGGCACCCUGGCUCAGAGAGAAAAGGAUAUCACAUCCCUCCAGGGGAGGUUGGAGGAGGAGGGUUCCCGAAGGACUGAGGCUCAGAGGAGUCUGAGAGAGGCCAUGUCCCAGGUGUCAGAGCUCAAGGAGGAGGUGGAGAAUGAACGAGGGAUGAGGGAGAGGGCAGAGAAACAGAGGAGAGACCUGGGGGAGGAGCUGGAGGCCCUGAGGACGGAGCUAGAGGACACCCUGGACACCACGGCAGCCCAGCAGGAGCUCAGGUCCCGCAGGGAGGCGGAGUUGGGGGAGCUCCAGAGGUGUGUUGAGGAGGAGACCAGGCGCCACGAGGCGCAGCUCUCGGAGCUCAGAGUCAAACACUGCGCUGCCAUAGACAACCUGCAGGAACAACUGGAUAACAGUAAGCGGGCCCGUCAGUCCCUGGAGAAGGCCAAGGUCGUUUUAGAGGAGGAGCGGGGGAGUCUGACCUCGGAGCUUAAGGCCCUGCAGGGAGGGCGCAUGGAGAGCGAGAGGGGCCGCAAGAGGGCUGAGAGCCAAGUCCAGGAGCUGACCACACGCCUGGCUCAGGCCGACAGGGAGAGGGAGGAGAGAGACGACAGGCUGCACAAGCUACAGUCAGAGAUUGAGACCCUCUCCAGUUCUCUCGCCACCUCUGAUUCCAAAUGCCUCCGUUUAAACAAGGACGUCAGCAGCCUGGAGAGCCAGCUACACGACGCUCAGGAGCUACUGCAGGAUGAGACUCGUCAGAAGCUGGCUCUCGGCUCCAGGGUUAGGGCUCUGGAGGAGGAGAGGAAUGGACUGAUGGAGAGAGUGGAGGAGGAGGAGGAGAGAGCCAAAGAGCUCUGCAGGCAGAUACAGACGCUCACUCAGCAGCUGGCUGAGUUGCGGAAGCAGACAGAGGAGGUGAAUGUGGCAGUGGAGGCAGGAGAGGAGACACGCAGAAAACUACAAAGAGACCUGGACCAGGCAGUCCAGAGGGAGCGUCAGAAGGAGGAGGAGAAAGAGCGAGUGGAGCGUCAGAGGGAACGGUUGAGGGAGGAGAUUGAGGACAUGACCCUGGCGCUUCAGAGAGAGAGACAGAACUGCACUGCCCUGGAAAAGAGGCAGAAGAAGUUUGACCAGUGCCUGGCAGAAGAGAAGGCGGUGAGUGCCCGGCUGGCAGAGGAGAGGGACAGGGCUGAGGCAGACAGCAGAGAGAAGGAGACACGCUCCCUGGCCCUGGCACGAGCCCUGCAGGAGGCCCAAGAUCAGAGGGACGAGCUGGAGAGAUCCAACAAGCAACUCCGCAUAGACAUGGAACAGCUGGUCAAUCAACAGGAUGACGUGGGAAAGAAUGUGCAUGAGCUGGAGCGUUCCCGGCGGGCCCUGGAAACAGAGGCAGAGUCCCUCCGCUCUCAAACCCAGGAGUUGGAGGAGGAGCUGGGGGAGGCGGAGAACUCCAGGCUGAGGCUGGAAGUCACGCUGCAGGCCCUCAGGGCCCAGUUUGAGAGGGAGAUCAGCACCAAGGAGGAAAAGGGGGAGGAGAAGAGGAGGUCUCUCAACAAACAGGUCAGGGAGUUGGAGGCCCAGCUAGAGGAGGAGAGGAGUCAGCGCUCGCAGGCCAUGUCUGUUAAGAAGCAGCUGGAGGCGGAGCUACAGGAGGCAGAGGCCCAGGUGGAGACAGCCAAUCGUGGCAGGGAGGAGGGACUUAGGCAGCUACGGAGACUGCAGGCUCAGAUGAAGGAGGUGCUUCGUGAGCUUGAUGAGUCCAAGCUGGCACGUGACGAGGUGGUUGCCCAAUCAAAAGACACAGAGAAACGCCUACAGACCCUAGAGGCGGAGUUACUGCAGCUUACAGAGGAUCUAUCAGUGUCUGAGAGGAUGAGAAGACAGGCCCAGCAAGAGAGAGAUGAGAUGGCUGAUGAAAUCAUCAACACCUCCACUGGGAAGUCUGCUCUCUGUGAAGAGAAGAGGAGGUUGGAGGCACGAGUCACUCAGCUGGAAGAGGAGUUGGAGGAGGAGCAGAGCAAUGCUGAAAUAAUGGCUGAGAGAUACAGGAAGGCUACACUUCAGGUGGACACUCUGACCGUCCAGCUGCAGGGGGAAAGAACCCUGGGCCAGAAGGCAGAGAGUGCCCGAGAGUCUCUGGAGAGGCAGAACAAGGAGCUUAAGCUAAAGCUGGGGGAGAUGGAGGGAGCUGUUAGGGGAAAGCACAGACUCAGUGUCGCCGCCCUGGAGGCAAAGAUUGACAGCAUGGAGGAGCAGCUGGAGCAGGAGAGACAGGAGCGAGCUAUAGCCAACAAGCUGGUGAGGAAGACAGAGAAAAAGCUGAAGGAGGUGAUGAUGCAAGCGGACGACGAGAGGAGACACGCAGAUCAGUACAGAGAACAGUUGGAUAAGUCUAUGGGCCGGUUGAGGCAGCUGAAGCGUCAGCUGGAGGAGGUGGAGGAGGAGAACUCUCGUUCCAACGCUCUGAGGCGUAAACUCCAGAGAGAACUGGAGGAGCUAACUGACAGUUCCCAGAGCAUGACCCGUGAGAUCACAGCGCUACGCAGCCAGCUCAGCAUGCCAUCUGAACGGAAACCAGACAAGCGUGCUCCGUUGCCCUUGGGGAUGCGUUCCGGCCGCAGGGCGCUGGUGGAUGACUUGUCACUGGAGAACUCUGACUCUGAGGAGCCACCUGCCUCCCCAACCCCUUCUUCAGGCACUGGUCCUGGAACAGGCCCCGGGACCCCAACGCCCCCCUCCGAAAAUAACAGUCUGGGACCUCCCCCACCAUACAGCCUCAACGACACUGAGUAACACACAUAGGUACAUAAACAGCACAUAUACACACACAAACACACACGUACAUACAUAAAUACAGACACAGUUAGGAACAUAUACAGUA